CGUCAGCCAGGUGCAUUUGCUGAUUUGGUAAAUAAUGAAUUGCCAGGUGCACCGCUUCAACCAGACCCAGAGGAAAACCCAGAAAAUGUCCCAGAGUGUUGCGAAUGUGGAUGCUGUGUUGCAAGGCCAACACAAUUGGAAAAAAAUGCU